AGCUUCAUCGUAGAUAUGAUAGCUCCAGGUCUAGCACGUACGAGGAGAAUGGAGCGGAAUUUUCCAUCUCAUAUGGGAGUGGAAGCAUGAUGGGUUUCUUGUCCACCGACACUGUGACAAUUGGCGACAUAGCAGUGAAAGGUCAAACAUUUGCAGAAGCCACGAUCCAACCUGGUUCGACUUUCGUAGAUGCCAAGUUUGAUGGUAUUCUUGGUAUGGGAUACCAGACUUUAUCUGUGGACAAUGCCACAACAGUGUUGGAGAACAUGGUUCUGCAACAACUCAUUCAGUAUCCUAUAUUUUCUUUCUACCUCAAUCGUGACCCUUCGGCCACCGAAGGUGGAGAACUCAUUAUAGGAGGCUCAGAUCCCAACUACUACAAAGGAUCCUUAACUUACGUCCCUGUCACAAGUCAGGGUUAUUGGCAGUUCAAGAUGGACAAAGUGAGAUUGGGCCAUCAAGCUGUAUACUGCUUUAAUGGAUGCCAGGCGAUUGCCGAUACUGGCACAUCUCUCAUCACUGGUCCCAGUCGGGUGAUCAAUGCCCUCAACAGGAGAAUCGGCGGACACCCAAUCGGUGGAGGAGAAUACAUGAUACGCUGUUCUUUGAUUCAUCGCCUUCCUCCCAUCCACUUCAUUCUUGCUGGAAAGAGCUUCACAUUGAGGGGAAGAGACUACGUGUUGCGAGUGUCAGAACGUGGCCAAACCUUCUGCCUCUUGGGUUUCACCGGGUUGGAUAUCCCCCCACCGGCUGGUCCACUCUGGAUCCUCGGUGACGUUUUCAUUGGAAGGUUUUACACGGAAUUCGACAUGAAAAAUAACCGUGUCGGUUUUGCUGAGGCUGUAUAGAAUAGAUCUGUUCGCA